GUUUUAACCUAGUGUUCUUCGAAUUCGCACACCCAAACACAUACAAUAAAAUUAUGCAACUUGCAAUAAUAGGUGGUACCGGUAUGACCGGUCAAUGUGUUGUUGAUUAUGCAGUUGAAAAGGGUUUCCAAGUACGAGUUCUUUACCGCACAGAAGCUACUGUACCAGAACGUUUCAAGAAAUCGGAUAAAAUUAAAUUGAUACAGGGCAAUGUUUUGAAUUUUGAGGAUUGUGAAAAAGUUGUUGAUGGCGUCGAUGGUGUUUGCAUUAUUUUGGGUACUCGCAACAAAUUGGAAGCUACCACUGAAAUGUCCACCGGAACUGCUAAUCUUAUUAAGGCAAUGAAAUCGAAAAAUGUCAAACGUUUCUCCAUUGUCAUGUCUUCGUUUUUAUUCCGUCCCGUCGCAGAAGUUCCGGCCAUGUUUCAUCGUUUGAACGAUGAACACAAACGUAUGUUGGAACUAACAAAAUCUUCCGAUUUGGAUUAUAUUGCUGUGCUGCCACCACAUAUUGCUGACGAACCAUCUAGUGCAUACACCGUCUUACACGAUGAGGCUCCGGGACGUUUAGUUUCUAAAUUUGAUUUGGCUAAAUUUAUUGUAGAUUCAUUGGAACAGCCGGAACAUUAUCAGCAAGUAUGUGGCAUAGCCAAAAAGCUUGAUGAAUAAGUCAGAAA